UUUCAGGAACAAAUGGAAAAAUAUGAAAAACUUGCAAAAAUUGGUGAAGGCUCUUACAGUGUAGUGUUCAAGAGCAGAAACAAGGAUACUGGACAAAUUGUUGCCAUCAAGAAAUUUAUAGAAUCAGAGGACGAUCCAUUUAUAAAGAAGGUAGCUGUGAGAGAGAUCCGCAUUUUAAAGCAAUUAAAGCACAAUAACCUGGUGAACCUUAUCGAAGUAUUUAGAAGAAAACGUAAAUUGCACCUUGUGCUUGAGUACUGUGACCACACUGUAUUAAAUGAACUGGAGAGAUAUCCUAGAGGGUUACCAGAAACAAUGGUUAAAAACAUCAUGUGGCAGAUGCUUCAAGCAAUUAACUUUUGUCACAAGCGCAAUUGUAUCCAUAGAGACAUCAAGCCAGAAAAUAUUCUAAUUACUAGACAAGGAGUCAUUAAGCUCUGUGACUUUGGAUUUGCAAGAAUACUAAGUCCUGGAGAUGAUUACACUGACUAUGUAGCAACCCGUUGGUACCGAGCCCCAGAGCUCCUUGUGGGAGAUACACAAUAUGAUGCUGCAGUAGACAUCUGGGCUGUAGGUACUGUUUUUGCAGAGUUGGUGUCUGGGCAAGCAUUAUGGCCUGGGAAAUCAGAUGUGGACCAAAUCUACUUGAUAAUAAGGACUCUGGGUAAACUCAUCCCAAGGCAUGAGCAUAUAUUCAGAAAUAACCAAUUUUUUCAGGAUGUUAAUUUACCAGAGCCAGAUUCUGAGGAUAUGGAACCCCUAGAAGAUAAGUUUCCAAACCUAAACCCUCAUGCUUUGACUUUCAUGAAGAGUUGUUUGAAAAUGGAUCCAGAUGACAGAUGCAGCUGUGAAGACUUGUUUGAAAACCCAUACUUUGAUUUAUAUCGAGAUGAAAAUGAAAAAUCCAGGCAAUGGCUUGAUGGUCGGAAUCGAAAAAGACAACAGUCACAGUUUUUGCCUCAGCUCCCUGGUAAUAAUGGGUCACCAACACCAGAUGCCAGAAAGCAGCUUCGUCAGCAACGGUUCGAUCACCUUCCUACCAUCUGACAAUCUCUAUCAAACCUAUGGUUCUGAAGUGAAACAAAUAUAU